AGCACGUGACAGUCUGGUUCAACGUGUCAUCAUGGCUGCAGCAUCUCCACACGCUGUUUACUGGCUCGGCAAUGACACCCUGAGGGUGUCUGCAGCUCUGUUUGCAGAGAACCGCCAGCGCCUCUGUAAAGGGCUGAAGGCCAAAGAUGGAGUGGUGCCACAGAGCCUGGUGCUGCUGCAGGGAGGAGAGCAGAAGCAGAGGUACUGCACAGACACCGACCUCCUCUUCAGACAGGAGUCUUUCUUCCACUGGGCCUUUGGAGUGACUGAGGCUGACUGUUAUGGGGCGAUUGAUGUGGACUCCAGAAAAUCCAUCCUUUUUGUUCCUAAGCUCCCUGAAAGCUACGCUACAUGGAUGGGAGAGAUCUACUCCAGGGAUCACUUCAAGCAGAAGUAUGCCGUAGAUGAAGUCCACUACACCUGUGAUAUCGCCGAUGUGUUGUCCAACCUGAAACCGGCUCUUCUCCUCACACUGAGGGGACUGAACACAGACAGUGGCAGCAUCUGUCGUGAGGCCUCAUUCCAGGGAAUUAGCAGCUUCCAGGUUAAUAACAGUCUCCUGCACCCAGUCAUUGUGGAAUGCCGUUUGCUGAAGACUGAUAUGGAGUUGGAAGUGCUGCGUUACACCAACCGGAUCUCCAGUGAAGCCCACAAAAUGAUCAUGAAAAAUGUGAAACCAGGCCAGAAAGAAUAUGAAAUGGAAAGCCUUUUCCAGCACUAUUGCUAUACCAAAGGAGGGAUGCGCCACACUUCAUAUACCUGCAUUUGUGGAACGGGACACAAUGGUUCCAUUCUUCACUAUGGACAUGCUGGAGCCCCAAAUGACAAGACUAUUAUGGAUGGAGACAUGUGCCUCUUUGACAUGGGUGGAGAAUACUACUGCUACUCCUCCGACAUCACCUGCUCAUUCCCUGCUAAUGGCAAAUUCACUGCAGACCAAAGAGCCAUCUAUGAAGCUGUCCUCAAGUCCUCCAGAUCUGUCAUGGCUGCCAUCAAACCAGGGGUGAAGUGGACUGACAUGCAUCGUCUGGCUGACCGUGUGCACCUGGAGGAGUUGGUGAAGAUUGGUAUCCUGAAGGGUAGUGUUGAAGACAUGAUGAAGGUCCACAUGGGCUCCGUGUUUAUGCCUCAUGGCUUGGGACACCUGCUGGGCAUCGAUGUACAUGAUGUGGGAGGAUAUCCAGAGGGCAUAGAGCGCAUUGAUGAGCCAGGACUGAGAAGCCUGCGGAUGGGUCGUCCUGUACAAGAGCGCAUGGUCCUGACUGUGGAGCCUGGGAUAUAUUUCAUCAAUCACUUGCUGGACCAGGCGCUGGCUAACCCUGCUCAGAGCUGCUUCAUCAACAACCAAGUGCUGCCUCGCUUUAGAGGCUUUGGAGGGGUUCGUAUUGAAGAUGACAUUGCUGUGACAGCCAAUGGCAUGGAGCUGCUGACCUGUGUGCCCCGCACAGUGGAGGAGAUCGAAGCUUUCAUGGCAGACUCUGCCAAACCCUUCAGUCCUGUCACCAGCAAUGAGAAAUGAUCAAAUAUAAGUGAAAGCUCAAGACACUGACUGAUCGGAUAUUUACAAUGGAGAAAAAAAGUUUAUAUUUUUUACAGUAUUUUAGAAGAAUAGACUAUUAAUCAUUCUAAGUAUUACUUCAGUGCCUCAAGAUUAAUGUUUUUGCACUGGUAAUUUUGUUCUUUCUGUAUGAACAGACAAUGGUUAAUAAAUUUGCACUUCAAUUUUC